AACUAUCGAACAGUAUUGGAAUAUUCCAAUUGCAAUAUAAGAAAUGGGUUUGUCAAGAAUAUUUAAUAUCAAACCAUAUAACUCAAGAAUUUUAAAUAUAUUCAUUGGCUAUUUACCUAAACCUUUACGAAGAUCAAACUCGUCUAUACAAGGCCCUGCUAUAGCCCUAGAUCAAGCCGAAGCUAACAUUUUGUUGAGAAAACAUAACAACAACGUACCUGUCAUAAGAUCUCUUCUAAAAGUGUUGGAGCAAAAUCCGGAAAAUGAAGAAAUUAAAAAGCGAUUAGAAUUUGAACUCAAAAAGCUUCCCAACAAAACUCACAAUCGUAUAAGAGAUUAUGGAGAAGAGGGGCGAGAAAUUUACAACAAUUUAUUAACAUCUACGAAGUCGAAAUCUUUUUCCGACGUAUGUAAAUUUUUUAAUCUUUUAAGAGUGGAACAUCUAGGACAUUUUACUGGACAUAAAAGCUAUUAUUUGAUGGGUGAUCUUGCUACUCUCGAACAGUCAGUGAUACGAUACACAAUAUCAUUUUUAAAAGAGAAUAAUUUCCGUCUUAUAUCUGUCCCAGAUGUUCUACCCAGUUAUAUUAUAAAUGGUUGUGGCAUGCAAACCGAAGGUGACCGUACUCAAGUGUAUAAAGUUGAUUCAGGAGAAUGUUUGUCUGGAACUUCAGAAAUGGCACUAGCAGGCCUCUUUUCUGACCAAGUCAUUAAUGAGAGUGAUUUACCACUUAAAGUAGCGGCUGUGAGUAGGUGUUUCCGAGCUGAAACGUCCGGAUUAAAUGAAGAAAAAGGAAUUUACAGGGUUCAUCAAUUUACCAAGGUGGAAAUGUUUGCACUGUGCUCAGAAAAUUCGUCCGAGACACUAUUGGAAAGUUUUAGGGAUGCUGAGGUGUCUUUAUAUAAACGGUUAAACUUACAGUUCCGAGUAAUAGACAUGCCCCCUGUGGAACUGGGAGCCUCUGCAUUCCAGAAAUAUGAUAUAGAGGCAUGGAUGCCUGGUCGUGAAAUGUGGGGAGAAAUAUCAAGUUGCAGCAAUUGCACAGACUAUCAAUCUAAACGUUUGAAUAUAAGAUAUCGUACAAGAACUGGGGAGCUAAGAUAUGUGCAUACGGUAAAUGGAACAGCAGCGGCGAUACCCAGAUUGCUUAUAUCCCUCAUUGAGUCAAAUAAGAUAAAAAAUGAAAUAAUAUGUAUACCUGAGCAACUUGGAAAGACUAUCAGGAGAAAUAUGGUAGUUCCUGCAAUAAAACUCAUUAAGCACUUCAAAAUUUAGAUAGUAAAUUGGAGAGAAAUAAAGUAAAUUUUAAACUAACGGGAA